AUGAAGGAAACAAAAGAAACAAAUGAUAUUAUUAAAUGCAAUGCCCUCAAGAAAAAUAAUAAUAAAAAAGCAAUAAGAAAUAUAAUAAUAAGAAAAUUGAGAAGGAGAAUGAAACAGAAAUUAAAUAAAUUAAAUGAUCAACAUAACCAUUUAGUCAAUAUUUUCAACAACUUAAAUAAUUUAAAAAUUGAAAAUAAUAUAGAAUUUAAAAAAAUAUCAAAUAAAAUCUCAAAAGAAAUUAAAUAUGCUAAUGAAGAAAAUAAUGACGACAUAGCAAUACUAAAAAUGGAGAAGGAUUUAAUAAAAGCUGAUUUUACUAGAAACAAAAAAAAUUUAAAAAUAUAUAAUGAAGAUGAAGAAGAAUAUAUGGAAAAUGAAGAUAGCGAAAAAAGAGUGAAACAUGAAAAAAGAAAAAAAAAGAAAAGAAAAAAUAACUCCUAUUCAUCUCAAAAUUGUGUGAAUUCAGUUACACCUAUGCAAAUUUUUUAUGAUAACUAUGUAUGUAUGAGCAGUAAAUGUGAGCAUAAUGAUUUUACUAGUGAUAAUUUAAAAUUGAAAAAUUCUGUCGUUCUUGAUUUGUUUAAUAUACUAUCUAAAAACAAAUACUACAAAGAAACAAAUUUAUGUGAAAACAUUUUUGAUGAUGAUGACAAUGAUAAAAUUUAUGCAAAAGAAAGAAAAAAAUUAGAAAAAAAAAAUCGGUUGAUAAACUUUUUUAUUAAAAAAAAAAAAAAGCGAAAAAAAGGAAGAAUAAAAAAGGAAAAGGAAAAAAAUAUCAAAGAAUUAAAAAAUUAUUUUAUCAAUAAAAAUUCCAAAAAAUCAAAUAUUAUAAGUAACAAAGAUGAAAAUAUUUCCAAUACAUGUGAAAGUUCAUUAAAUAAAAAUAUUAAUUCUGACAGUAAAAUGUUAAAUGACAGUAAUUUAUAUAAUUCUUCCAAUAUAAUUAACGAAAAUAAAAAUAAAGUAUAUUGGAUAUUCAUGAAAGAGCAAAUAAAUAAAAAUGUAAAUAAAAAUAACCUAAGAAAUAUGAUUUCAAACGUUUUAACAUUUUUCUCUAGUAUAAGUAAAACUUUUUAUUGUGAAGUUAUGGACAAAAAAAGAGAUAAAUAUAUUAGCAAUGACGAUUUUAAAUGUGAAAGAAUAGAGAAAUUUUAUGAUUAUAUUUUAGAAGAUGAAUAUAAUAUCAUGAACAAUAACGAUAUAAUUGAUGAAACAAAAGGAAAAUACAAAAAUGAUUCUAAUAUUAGUGCAGGAAAAAAAAAUUAUAUAUAUAUUUAUAUUAAGAAAAAUUUCUUUCCAAAAUAUUUAUUAAAUUUAAAAAAAAAAAUUAAAUUGAUUUUAAUUUUUCAAUCUAACGAUAUAAAUGAUUGUAAUUAUAAUAACAAUUCAAAUGGAAAUGACUUAGAUUUAAAUAGCAAUGAUGAUGAUGCAAAUAUUUAUAAAUUUGAUAGUUAUGUAGAUAGUAAUAAUAAAGGCAAUAAUGUCAUUAAAAAUAAUUUAAAAGAGGAUAUUAUAAGAAAUUUUACUAGUAAAAAUUAUGCUAAUUUUAACGAAAACAAUUCUUUAAAUAAAAAAAAACUUAAUAUUAAUUCGUAUUUGGAUCUUAUAUCUAAAUAUAAUAAAUUUUUAAAUAAAAACAAUCCCAAAAAAAUGAACAUUCUUAACAGACUUAUAUCAUUAGACGACAAUCUCCACUUUAAUUUUAUUUUUUUAAAUUAUUUACAUAAAAUAGAAGAAAAUGAAAAAGAAAGAUAUGAUUAUUUUUAUAUUCAUGACAUAAUAUAUGAUAACUUAAAAUAUGAUAUAAAAAAUAUAAAAAUUAAUUUAGAAAAAAUAAUGAAUAGUAAAAAAAAAAAUAAAACACCUAAACCCUUUUUAUUAUUAAAUUAUAUGAAGAAAAAUUAUACAUUAAAUAUUAGAAAUUAUAAAAAAGGAAAUUGUAAAAAAAAUGGGAAAAGAAAUAAAAGAGAAUUUUACAAAAUUAGCAAAAAUAAUGAGAGUGGUGAGUAUAUGAAUAAUCAUAAAGAUAUAGUAAAAAGUGAUGGUGAUGAUGAUGAUGAAAAUUUAAAAAGGAAAAAAAAAAGGAACACGAAUAAAAAAGGAGUACAUAAUAACAAAGAAAAUGAGUAUAUAAGAAAUAAUGAAAAUAAAAAAAAUUACAUAAAAAGAAGAAAUUAUAAAAACGUCUAUUCCUUUUUUGAUGAAGUAUUAUCUUUUAAAGGAUUAGAAAACAAUUUAAAUAAAAAUGAAGAAGUGGAAAUACAUUAUUUAACAGUUUAUAAACAUAUGUUAAGUUUUAAUGAUAAUAAUGAUGAAAUAACAUUAAAAUAUUAUAUGUCUCAUAUACGAAAUAAUGAAUUUAAUAUGGAAUUUAAAAAUAAACAAAUUCCUUUGAAAAUUCUUCAUUUUUUUAAUUAUUAUAUAGGAAGAAAAAAUCAGUUAAAUGAAACUAUUAAAGAGCAUACAAAUAUAUAUAAACAAAUAUAUAAGUUAUGGAAAGAAGAUAUAUAUAUAUCAGAAAAAGAGAAAGAAAAAAAAAAUAUUUUUACAUGGGGAAUUUUGCCAGUUAGAGCAUAUGAUCAUCCAAAUAUAUUUGUUCCUUUACCUUGUGGUUUUAAAUAUAAUAAUAAAAACUUAGCUUAUUAUAUAUCUAAUGAUAAAAAAAUAUAUGAUGAUAAUUUAUUAGAAAAAAAAGAAAAAAAAAAAGAAUACAUGAAUAUUAAAUAUGCUAAUUUAACAGGCCCUUGUAUAAAUUGGCGUAAAAAUUGUAUAUUCGUUAGCGACAUAAAAAAAAAGAAGUUUUUGCACAUAUCCGAAUAUUAUCCCUAUUUUUAUUGCAUGCAAAAUAUUAAAUUGUCUUUAUUCUCUUUAGAAAGAAAUGUCAUUUAUAAAAACACGAAUAACUUGUGGAAUUUUAAAGAAGAUGACCAUUUAACAGAUAGUGCGAAAUCUUUUAAUUCUAUCAAUUCUUACUCAAAUAAAAAAAAUUCACAAAAUAUAUAUACAAAUGAUAACAGCAAUCCCAAAGAAAAGAAUAAUAAUAAUAAAUCAUGUAAUAAUAUUAAGGAAGAUAAUUUUUUUAAAUAUAGAUUAUCAAAAAAAAGAUUAGUACUAAAAAAUGCUAACCAUAAGUUAGAAGAAAAUAUGCUGUAUAAGUUUUACAGUAAUGAAGAUUUAUUAAAUGAAAAAAAUUACAUAUGGAAUAAACAAGAAAUAAGAACAUUUUUAGAAAAAUAUUUAAUAUAUCCUAAAAAAUUUGAUAAAAUAAGCCAAUUUUUAGAAUGCAAAAAUACUAAACAAUGUGUUGACUUCUAUUAUUUAACAAAAAAUUUUUUUUGUUUAAAGAAAUUACUUUUAACCAUAUCAGAAAAUAAAGGAAAAAGAAAUAAAAAAUGCUCUGUGAAUGAUAUAAAUAAAAAAAAUUCGAAAGAAGAAAUUGUUAAUAAACUAAUAAAAAAAUUAGAAAAUAAUUAUAUCAUAAGUGAAUUUGAAGAUAUAAAUUGUUUAAGUUAUAGUUACUUAAACAUAAGGAAUUUCUUUAAAAAUUAUUUUAUAAAAACAUAUAAAAGUUCAUCAUACAGUAAACACUCAGCAAAUAAAGCUAAUAAUAAUAAAAAUCCUUCUUAUAAUAAUUAUUCAAAUAAAGGAAUAAUUUUAGAAAAUAUGUCUGAUGGAUAUGUAAUACCAAAAAAUUAUAACUUUAUUUUAAGCUCUAAUAGAAAAUUAUGUUUUUUAGUUAAAAACAAAGAAAAUUUUAUAUAUAGUGGGAUUAGUUCAGAUAUCAUUGAAAUAAAAUAUAAUGAAAAUUUAGAUAGUAUUAAAAAAAAGGAAGAAAAAAAAAAAAAAAAAAGCAUACCACCUUAUACUAAAAAGGUAACAAACUAUUAUAAUAAUGAAACGAAUCCUACCAUAGAGAAAGACUGUAAUAAAAAUAAAUAUAGUGAAUUUUGCAAUCCAAAGACCAUUUCUUUAUUUGAUAAAAGUGAUAAUAAAAUUAAUAAAUUAAAAAGAACUGAUGAAACUUCUUGUCAUGAUUUAAAAAUUAUAAAUAAUGAAUCAGUGAAUAUAGCACAAACAUUUAUAAAUUCAGAAUUAGGAAAUCAUCAAAUAGAAAACAUUAAAAAGGAAAAAAUAUAUAAUAUUGAUAAUUGUAGAAAUUAUGAUGCUAAUAAUAAUAUUAUAAAUGAAGAUUCUAAAAAAAAAAUAAAAAAUAAAAUUUUCUUAAGUGAAAAUGAUUUAAAUGAAAAUUGUAAUGACAAACAUAUCCACAAUAACGAAUUCAAUAGCAGUGAAGUAAAUAGCAAUUUUUGUAAUUCCAAUUUAAACUCACAUGAAAAAAAAACGGAGAAUGAAACAUGUGAAGAAAGCUUAUUUAAAUGUUUUGAAUUUUUAAAAAAUAUGAACCAAAAGAAUAAUGAAAACUUCAGUAAAAAUUCUUAUCAAAAUCCUAAAUCUACAUCAUUUUCAUUUGAUUAUAAGUGUAAAAAAAGUAUAAAAAAGAAUUUUUUUCAAAAGAAAAGUAUAAUUUUAGAAAAAGAAAAAAACAUUAAAAAAAAAAGUCAAAUAAUAAAAGUAAAAAAUAUGAAUAGUUUAAUUAAAGAAAAAGGGAAAAAUAUUAAUAAAAGUAAGAAAUCAGUUCAAAAAAUAGGAGAAAAAAAUACAUUAGCAAAUCAAAAAAUUAAUGUAUUAAACUUAAGUAAAGGAAAAGGAGUAGAAAUGAAAAAAUAUUUAGAUAAAAAUUGUGAAAAUGAAAUACUUUUUAAAAAAGAAAAAAUAAAUGAGUUUCGAAAACAAGAAAAUGAUGACUAUGAAUCUGAAGAAAAUGAAUACGAAGAAGUGAAAGAAGAGGAAGAAAAAGAGGAAUCUGAAGAUAUACAAAAAGAAAAAGAAGAUUAUGAUGCUGAUGAUGACGAUGAUACCGAUAAUGAUGCUGAUUCUGAUGUCGAUGAUACUGAUAAUGCUGAUUCUAAUAAAAAUGACGAUGAUACUAAUAAUGAUGAUAAUAAUGCUGAUAUUGAUAUUGAUGUUGAUUAUGAUGAUAAAGAAGAAAAAAAAAAAAACGGAGAAGAAAAUGGUGAUUAUAUUUACUAUGAAGAAAAGGAUAAAAAUGAAAGUAAAGAUGAAAUUGAAGGAGAUAAAAGAAUGGAAUAUUAUAAAAAUGAACAAAAAAAAAAUAUAUAUAGUGAAAAGAAGAAAGAAAAUUUUGAUGGAGAAAUACUAUACAAUAUGAAAAAAGGAAAAUUGAAUUAUAAAAAAGAUCAACAUAUACCUAGGAAGCAUUAUCAUAAUAAAGAUGGUAAGUUUGCUUUAUCAUUAGGUGAUAAAAAGUCAUUAAAUAAGUAUCAUAAAGAUUUAAAUGAGAAUAAUUAUACAAGCAAAAUUUACAGUGAAGAAGAUAUUAAUAAAAAAAAUAUAUAUAUCACAAGUAAUAAAAAUAAUAUUUUAAAUAAUAAAAUUGUAUGGAGUGAUGAUAAUAUUCCUGCAGAAAUAAAUAAAAAAAAAAUUAAUGGAAAUUAUACUACUACUACUAUUACAUCUUUACCUAAUAAAAUGAAAACAAAUAAUAUAGAUAUAGAAUCGAAAAUAAAUACCUUUAUUAAUAAUAAAUCUAAUAUAGAAUUUUUUGACCCAAUAAAACAAAUUAAAAAAUCUCAUAUAGAAAAUUUUGAUUCCUCUAAACAAUUCCGAAAAACAGCAACUAAAUGGACAGAUAAGGAAAAAAAAAUUUAUUUCGAAAUAUUUUUAAGAGAUGGAAAAAAUUGGGAUUCUUUAUGUUCAGCAUUAAAACCGUAUGGAAAAACAAAAGAGCAAGUUAAAAAUUUUUAUCAAAAUACAAUUGCAAAAAAAAGAAAAAAGGAAUUUAGUGAUAAAAACAAAAAUUUAUAA